AUGCCGUCUCUGCUCUACAGCCACUGGCCAAAAAACCUCCUCCUCAUUCUUCUGAGCUUCAUCUUUCUUCCCUUCGAUACCUUCCUCUUCUUCGCCGCCUACGCCCUUCGGCCCUUUCUCCGCGCUGCCUCCCGCAAAAACGGCGGCGCGAAUGUCACAAAGGACGCCAUCACCAACGGUGGCGGCGGCCAUCGCGGUGACAAUGGCGGACAAACCAUCCUCGUAACCGGCGUCUCCAUGACCAAAGCCCUCGUCCUCACCCGUCUGCUGCACGCCCACAACCCCUCGCACCGCAUCAUCGGCGCCGACUUCCAUCCGCUGGCGUGCGGGCGGGCGUCGCGCUCGCUCUCGCGCUUCUACGUCCUGUCGCCGCCCACGGCCGCGGGCGACGCGGACCCGUACAUCACCUCGCUGCUGCGCGUCAUCGGGGCGGAGCGCUGCGCGCUCUGGAUCAGCUGCUCGGGCGUCGCGUCCGCCCUCGAGGACGGCGUCGCGGCCGAGGUCGUGGCCAAGCGCACGCGCUGCCGCGUCGUCCAGUUCGGCGUCGCCGACGUGCGCGACCUGCACGAAAAGGACGCCUUCAUGGAGCGCACGCGGCGGCUCGCCCUGCGCGUGCCCGAGACGCGCAAGGUGGAGAGCGCCGACGCCAUGGUGGCGGCCCUGCGGCGGUGCGUGGGCCUGUCCGCCCGCCGGCGCGAGAAGGAGGGAGGGUGCGGCGGCAGGAGGUUCAUCGCGAAGAGCGUCGGCAUGGACGACAAGAGCCGCGGCGACCUGACGCUUCUGCCGCGCGCGACGGAGCGUGAGACGCGCGAGCACGUCGCCCGGCUCGGCGUGAGCAAGGAGCGGCCGUGGAUCGUGCAAGAGUUCGUGAGGGGCCACGAGUUCUGCACACACGCCCUCGUGGUGCGUGGCCGCGUGCGUGCGUUCCUGGCGUGCCCGUCGGCCGAGUUGCUGAUGCACUACCGCGCCCUACCGGCGGAUUCACCGCUGUCGCGCGCGAUGUUGGCCUUUACAGAGAGGCAGACUGAGCCCGGCGGCGAGGCCUUCACCGGCCACUUGAGCUUCGACUUCCUCGUCAAGGAUGAGGAUGUCGAGAAAACGGACCCGGAAAGCAUCGCCUUGUAUCCGAUCGAGUGUAACCCGCGUGCUCAUACGGCGGACGUGCUGCUCGAUGGCUCCAUGGAGCUCGCCGACGAGUAUCUUGCCGUUCUCCGGGACGACCCGUCGACGAAGGACAUCGUAACGCCGAAGCAGCCUCUCAAGUACUACUGGGUCGGACACGAUCUGGUGCAGCUAUUCCUGCUGCCAGUCCUGUCGACGCUGACAGGCCAGGCUCCAGUCAUCGAGACGGCGAAAUCCGUUCGUGAAUUCAUCGAACACAUUCUGUUCUGGAAGGACGGCACUUUCGAGGUGUGGGAUCCGUUGCCGUGGUGGUGGCUCUACCAUGUUUACUGGCCUAUGCAGUUCGUCAACAGUAUUCGAACUGGAAGGAAGUGGAGCCGGAUAAAUGUAAGCACUACCAAGAUGUUCGACUGCAACUGA